AUGGCGGCAGCAGCUUUAACUCCAGUAGGCACGGGCGGCGCCGCUGCGGCGACAAGCCGGUUCGCGGCGGCGUGCGGGGCGCUCAGCCAGUACGUGAAGGCGGCCGAAGCCGAGAGGAAGCACGCGCACGCGAGGCCGGUAGCCGUGCCCGUGCGCCCCCUCCUGCUGAUGCCGGGCGCCGACGUCUCCGACGCCUGCAGCCCCGACGACGGCCUGGACCACCUGGCUCAAGCGGCGCCGGCGCCGGCGCAGAUGAUGACCAUCGUGUACGGAGGGCGCGUGCUGGUGCUCGACGACGUCCCGGCGGACAAGGCGGCGGGCCUGCUUCUCCUCGCCGGCGGCGGCGCAGCAGCAGCGCAAGAAGGUGCAGGAACAGAGGCGACCGCCGGUGCCAAGCGCGGCGGCGGGCAGGUCUCCGCCUCUGCGGCCGCCGCCGACCUGCUGCCAGUCGCGAGGACGGCGUCGCUGCAGCGGUUCAUGGAGAAGCGCAAGGUCCGGGUCGCCGCGCGCGCGGAGCCGUAUCGGCGACCGGACGCCAGCGACGCCUGCCCUGACCACCUCAAGCUCGCGCUCUGA